AAAAGAUGUUUCCAUAAUGGCAUCGAUACAAAGCCAAAAGAGACUCACCAAGGAGUACAAGGCCAUCCAGGCCAACCCACCUCCCUACAUAAUCGCACGGCCCAAUGAAGAGAAUAUUUUGGAAUGGCACUACGUCAUCACCGGACCUCCUUCGACACCUUUUGAGAAUGGUCAGUACCAUGGGAUCCUCAGGUUCCCUCCACAAUAUCCCUUCAAACCACCAUCCAUUUCGAUCAUCACGCCCAACGGCCGUUUUGCCUGCAAUACACGGUUAUGCUUAUCAAUGAGUGACUACCACCCAGACACCUGGAACCCCGCCUGGAGUGUCAGCACGAUUUUGACGGGGUUGCUCAGUUUCAUGACGGGUGACGAGUCCACCACCGGCUCUAUCAACACCACUGACAAUUUAAAGCGCAAGUACGCCAAAGACAGUAAGCGGUACAACGUGACAGAAAACUCGAGGUUCAUCAAGAUAUUUUCAGAUCUUUUGGAGCAGAACAAAUUGGAUCUCUUGAACCAAGAAGAUGAAGUGAACCAAGAGAAGGUUACCGAGCUGGUAUUUGAUGCCAAAAAUAACGUCCACUUGCUCGAUCCCGAGGACAAGGCGAGACUUUUGGUGGAGGAAGAUGGAGAACGGAGCUUUAAUGCCCCCAAACUAGUUUUUGGGGUGGUGCUAGCUGUUUUCCUUGCAUACUUUUUGAGCUGAGUGGAUUGCUUAUCAGCUCAACUCGCGCAUACUCAGAUGAAUGCGCGCAGAAUACCCCAGAACACUGAACACCGUAUCCAUUACAUAGCUCAAUCCUACAUAUGUCUCUAUGAAUAAUAUAUACUAAAGUACAAUUCUGGCUGCAAUAGCUACUGACAGACUGCUGCAGCUGGCUGUUGCCGCAUUCCCAGGACUCCCGAACAACCCGCGGAACCAACAUGCGCCGAAAAAUGACACUGCCCAGGAGGACAGAUUUGGCCUAGUCUGCACCAUCAAAGCUUAUUGGAGAAGGCGUGGGUUUCUAGGGUUCGAGAUCUAAAACGCAACUGCAAAUCGCAACUUGGGGCAAACUUUCACCACACUUACUCCAAGAACACAACUACAUCAACACUAAGCCAUUGCGGCAUUUGAGCAAUCGUCUUGGGUCAAGUUUCAACGAAUUCCAUUUCUUGAAAAAUUUUCGACGCGCUCUUUUGUUGCAGUGAGUAAACACAAGUUUAUUUUAAACCUCACUUGAAAAGCAAAGCCUUUUAGUUUAUAGUUAAAGCUUCACCCUGCUGCUUAAAGUUCAACAUAUUUCUUCACACAUCCGUUUUUCCUUCGGGCACAUAUUGCCACCCUUAUUUUGCAUAUUCCCUUGACGCCUUACACCCGUCCUUUUUAGCCUGGUGAUCUAUCAUAUUCGUGAUAAAUAAUACACCUUGUCAUGUCUAGUCACCCUUACCGCCAGAGAGUGCCCCAAAGUGGUAUAUCAAGGCCGGAGAAAAUGGUGACGAAAAAGCCAUUGGUAGGAUCACCGACAAAGAGUUGGCUGCAAAAUUACAAAAGGCCUUCAAAAAGAAGAAACCCGACACCCAGUCAGUUCCCAGCAUCGCCAGUAAUUUGAACUUCGAUUCCAAGUCAGUCGCACAAGAGAAGGAUUGUGUGAUUAUGUGAUGAGAAUUUAGGUGUUUAUAAAUGACCUUAUUCCAUUUCAGUGUCUCAGCCGUCCGUUAAUUAUAGUCGGCAUGGUCGCACGUAAUUCUACCCUCGUUGAAUGUCUCCAGUUCUGACCACAGUCCUCAUCUCUAUUAAGUUUUUAUAUUUAGAAAUGAUGCCUCCAAAUAUGCACCAA